GCACAGAGUUUAAUUUACCGAUGACUGGUUUUCCUUUCAUCGCACGCAGAUUUCCUGACAUGCGUAGAAGUGAAAAUAAUAUUUGACAAUGGCUGAAAAGGCAACUAAAGAGCGGUUAUUGUCUGUUUUGGAUGAUUUGGAAGUUUUAUCCAGGGAGCUGAUAGAAAUGCUGGCCUUAUCCAGAAGCCAGAAACUCCCGCAAGCAGGCGAGGAUACACAGAUCCUAGAUCUGCUGGUCCAGAGGGACAGGGAGUUGCAGGAGCUGAUGGAGGUGGGCAGGGAGCAGGGCCGGGUCCAGGAGGAGAUGCUCCUCCUGGAGAAAGAGGUGGAGAAGAGAGACAGCGACAUCCAACAACUCCAGAAACAGCUGAAGGAGGCAGAACACAUCCUGGCCACAGCUGUCUAUCAAGCAAAGGAGAAACUGAAAUCUAUUGACAAAGCCAAGAAGGGGAGCAUCUCAUCGGAGGAACUCAUCAAGUACGCUCACCGGAUCAGUGCCAGCAACGCUGUGUGCGCUCCGCUCAACUGGCUCCCAGGCGAUCCUCGCAGGCCAUAUCCAACAGACAUGGAGAUGCGUAGUGGACUGCUGGGUCACAUGGCUAACCUGCCGACCAAUGGCGUGAACGGACAUCUGCCAGGUGACGCACUGGCUGCUGGGAGAUUGCCAGACGUCUUGACCCCCCAGUACCCCUGGCAGUCUUCUGACGUUUCCGUGGGGAUGCUGCCCCCUCACCAUGGCAACGACUUUGGUCUGGAGCCGCCCGGUCAUAACAAGGAGAACGAGGAUGAGGUGGAGGCCAUGUCAACGGACUCUUCCAGCAGCAGCAGUGACUCUGACUGAGAGAGAGAGAGGGAGAGGGAGGGAGAGAGGGAGAGGAGAGAAUCUGUGUAUGUGUGUGUGUCGAAGUGUUUCCUUUAACCUACAGUCUCAAUCUGUUUUCUCCACAGCUGACCACAUUUAAAUGAUCUAUUCAACUGAUUGCCUAAUUUCUGUCCAAAUCCCCUCAGAAACCAUCUACCUUCACUCCAGCUGUUUUAAGUGUGUAUCUGUGAAUUAUUCAUCCCUCCCAAAUUGCAAACGGAUCCAGAUACAAAUCUCCUAUUGGUACACCUUUGUUAGUGUCUGUUUUACUAAAUGGGUCUGGUGUGAAAUGUGAAACUGUAAUUCAGUACAGCAGUAUACGCAGUUCAUGGCUUGAAGAAACAAACCAAAGUUUUGAUUUGAUUUUCUUCAAAUGUAUAUAGGUAUGUACAUACUCACCUUGUAAAUAAACAUUUGAAUAUG